AGGAAGCAGUGAAAGUGGGAGGGAAAUGUCUAAUGACAGCUAGAGAGGUAUUCUGAGGGACUCCUCACUUUUAAAAGAGGUUUGGACACUGAAUGACUUUUUGUGGCUGUUUUCAUGCACUUUUUGAGUCUUUUUUUUCCAGUUUGAGAAGAGCUGAUCUAUCAGUCUUUUUUAUUUAUAUAGAAUUUUUAUCUAAUUUUAUUAGGCAAGUGAACAUAGUUUUCAGUUUCUGUGUUGAAAUUCUUGCAGAUCACCAGAGUGGGAUAUCAUCUGACAUCAAGUGGACAAAAUGAGAGCAGCGUGGAGUGUCUUCUUGCUUCUGUCUGUCUGUUUGCAGCUGGCAUUUGUGUUUUCCACCAGUCCGGCUCGUGCCCAUGCGGAAGAAAGACUCCUCCGGUCUUUGUUCAGCAACUACAACAAGCUCUCUCGUCCUGUAGCAAACAUCUCAGAUGUGGUUCUGGUCCACUUUGGCCUGUCCAUUGCUCAGCUCAUUGAUGUGGAUGAGAAGAAUCAGAUGAUGACCACAAAUGUCUGGGUGAAGCAGGAGUGGAACGACUACAAGCUGCGCUGGAACCCAGAGGAGUAUGAGAAUGUCACCUCCAUCAGGAUCCCCUCCGAGAUCAUCUGGAGACCGGAUAUUGUGCUCUAUAACAAUGCGGACGGUGACUUUGCAGUGACACACUUGACUAAAGCCCAGGUGUUUUACAACGGCAGGAUAAAAUGGAAACCUCCGGCCAUUUAUAAAAGCUCCUGCAGCAUCGAUGUCACCUUCUUUCCCUUCGACCAGCAAAACUGCAAAAUGAAAUUUGGUUCUUGGACGUACGAUCGGGCCAAGAUUGAUCUGAUCAGCAUGGCCAGUGAUGUAGACCAGAUGGACUACUGGGAAAGCGGGGAAUGGGUCAUAAUAAACGCCGUUGGCACUUACAAUAUCAAGAAGUACGAGUGCUGUACGGAAAUCUACCCAGACAUCACCUACUCCUUCAUCAUCAGACGUCUUCCUCUGUUCUACACCAUCAAUCUAAUCAUCCCCUGCCUGCUUAUAUCCUGCCUGACGGUGCUGGUCUUCUACUUACCCUCAGAGUGUGCAGAGAAAAUCACACUGUGUAUUUCCGUCCUGCUCUCUCUGACAGUUUUCCUCCUGCUAAUCACGGAAAUUAUCCCCUCAACCUCGCUGGUCAUCCCGCUUAUUGGCGAGUACCUCCUCUUCACCAUGAUCUUCGUCACUCUAUCCAUCAUCAUUACAGUGUUUGUGCUCAACGUACACCACCGUUCGUCCCGUACGCACAGCAUGCCACACUGGGUCCGCCAGUUUUUUCUUCACCUGGUGCCCCGUUACCUGUUCAUGAAGCGCCCACCUGCCUCAGGUAAGAGGAACUGUGGGAAACUGAUUGAGAUGAUGCACAAGCCAAUGGAGGCACCGUCCAUGUUUCUACGGAACAACAUUCUGGAUAUCUCUCCACAAAGUCCACUCCACCAUUUGGACCUUACUUCAGUUGCCCAGUUGGAUCAAAUUCAACAGGACUCUUCCCCCAAACCCAUUUUUUUCUGCAGUUCUCCCAGCAGCCAGUAUUCCAUCCUGCACGAAGAAACCUCACAAACGCCAGUCAUCGGUUACACGUGUGCAUACACGAACAGCAUUUUUGCCUCCAGCACAUCUUCAUUUCCAGAUACUAUCCUUGGUACCCUGCUGCACACUAUCCCGCAGGAUGGAGCCGAAUGUACAGACUGUGAUACCCAAGGCCACAGUGAAAGUGUCUUCAUGGAAGCCAAAGAGAGUAUUCUGGGAGCAGGGAGUUGUCAACACUGUCUUACAUCUGAGGGGAUGAGUCUGCAGAAGCUUGAUCACGAUGAAGCAGGCAGGUGUACUAGACAUAACAAGCCCAACGCACAGAUCUUCAGUUCUGUCAGUGACGGGACUACUGAUCUCAAUGCAGUGGAGCCGGUGAGCAAUCUGUCACAGUCUCUGCUCAAAGCCUUAGAAGGAGUUCAGUACAUCGCUGACCAUCUCAGAGCAGAAGAUUCAGACUUUUCAGUGAGGGAAGACUGGAAAUAUGUUGCCAUGGUGAUUGAUAGAAUAUUCCUCUGGAUGUUUGUGCUGGUGUGCAUUCUGGGGACGGUCGGACUGUUCCUCCCACCGUGGCUGGCUGGAAUGAUCUAGAACAUCGUGCGGAGUCUUUGAUUGGCUCUGAGUGGGUGGGGAAUGGCCUUGUCAAUCACACUUGACUUCAGUGACCUCAUUAAACAUCCGCUGUCAUGGAAAUUAAAGUGAUGUUUAAUGUCAGUGCUUCUCGGUGCAACAGGAAGUUAGUAGUGGGAUUCUGUGCAUUUGAAGGACUGUUUUGGGUUAAAUGGAAGUUAAUGAAAAAUGAAAUUAAAUAAAAUGAAACUACUGUGAUCGUUUACUCACCCUCGUUUCUUUUGAAAUCUAUCAUUUUCUUUCAUCUGUGUAAUAAGGAAAAAGUUUGAUGACGGCACUGGUCGCUCUUUUCCAUCCAAAUAUAAGCUUUCAGACUUACAAAAGUGUCCACUCAAUCAUACAUAAGACUCGUGUGCUAUAUUCCAAGUUUUCUGAGGUGUACAUGUAUUUAAACCCAGAACAUUCCUUUGAAGAAAGCUGCAGUGAGUUGAUUCAGUGUGUCAUCUUAAGUACACCAAGUGCAAAUUUAAUGAAUACUAAACCCACUGAUAUAAAAACAGACGUCAACAUAAAGAAUAAAUCUUAAUGGUUUACACUGGAACAGAUUUAAAUUAUUUACAUGAAUAAUUUUCCCUGUUCUAAGUAUUGCAUCACAGCACAUGGAUUUCAGUAUAUGAGAAUGACUUCUUUCAGCUGUGAAAGGUAACAGGUGACAGCAGAUAAAAUUGUGAAAUGGUGUGUUCAAGUCUGUCCUGAAUGUGAUAUGAAUUCAUAAUUAUCAUUUCUCAAGGUUUGCUUGCAUUUCAGUUAUUCACCUUUACAAACUCUGAAAUAUCUCAAACUGAAGAUGCCAAAAGAAUUAGGUCAAUCUUACAUUUGUGAAAUUGCGCCGACACUAUAUGUCCAUAUUUUGGAAACAGUUUGUAACAAAUACUUAAAAAGUAUAAUGUUGUAGGGUUAUUUUCAAUCAAUUAAAUGCUACAGGGGCUAUUUAUAGCAGGAAAAAUGACAGCGUUUAAAAUAUUUGAAAAUUAUCAUUACUAAACAUGACGAUUUAGUAACUGAAUGUUAAGAUGUCGAUUGAAAAGACAUAUGGACGAGUGAUGAAACAUCUUCAAACGAAAAGAAAUAAGUCCAGUUAUUGCAAAAUGAAAGCCAUGAGAUACGUGUUUUAAAUCUGCCUUUCAAGUACUUUGUGAUGGAUUUAAUAUGUUGCAAUUAAAUGCUGAAAUUUCCCAAUGAAAGGUUUAGUAAGACAUGUUCUGUUACCUUCCGAAAGUAAAUACCGAAAUACCUGUCAGGGAAAAUCUGCUAUAAUAGCCUUCUCUUCUCUCAACUGGUGAAUGAGCUGACCUACAAGAGAAGAGGUCACAGGUUGAGUUAAAUCAGUGGCUCAGUGCAGAUGGAAAGCUCAGGCUGUCAGACCGAACCAAUGCUGUCGUCCACUUCAAGAGCAUCACCUCACCAAUCAUGCACCCAAUACACUGAUAUUGGAUUUCAGCAUCCACACAUAAUGAAAACUGUCAAAAAGUUUGGUUACCACUUUAAAACAUGUACUAUAUGUUAUUCCUUUAAAUAUGCAUCAUCAGUUCCCUUUCGAUUCAGUUUAAUUCACCUAUAUAUAUAACUUUUCACAAUACAUACUGUUCCAAAGAAAAGUUGAAUGAAACCAAAACCUUGGGAAGCACA